AUGUCUACUUCCGGUCAUUCAUCGUCUACAGGUCGUCCACAGGCUUCUCGACCGCCUCCUCCCCGUGGUAACGGACAUCCGGCUGCAUCGCCACACAACUCAGAGGCGCCUUUGCCAACACCUUCCACAGUCCAUAGUUCCCAGCCUUCGUUUCAAUUUUCGCCCACCAGCACUAGGUCUUCUCAUACGGCGCCGUCCACGCAUGGCAAUGUACCUGCCGCAGGUGGCGAGGAAGGCGACGAGGACGGGGAGUUUCCCGACGAAGAGACUAUGCACGCAAUGACCGGUGGAUUUCAUGACCCGCAGACUCCCAUGCCACACGAGCCCGCGCUUCCAGACUCCCCUACACGUCCAGAGGAUGCACACCCUACUCCAGGUGGAAGUCACUUCCCCGGAGCAUAUGGAGAUCACAAUACCCAGGCGCAUGCCCCGACCCCGGGUGGAAGUCACUUCCCCGGAGCAUAUGGAAGUCACAACACUCAGAUGCAACACGGAGCCGCAGGCGGCGAGGAAGAUGGCGAGGAAUUCCCCGACGAUCAGACUAUACACGACAUGACUAACUCUCCUACCCGACCAGAAGAUGCGCACCCUGCGGCCGCAGGUGGAAAUCACUCAUAUCAACAUCCCGCAAACUUCAUGGACAUGUACGGCGAAGACGAGGAGGAUCCAGGCUACUAUGAUGAGGAGGAUCCAGAGAACUAUAUGCAUGAAGGGGAGGAAGAAGAUCCAAACAGUUUCAUGGAUAUGAACGAAGAGGAUGGAGAAGAACCUCAGUAUUAG